AUGUUCGCAAGCCGCUCGCUCGCCAGGGCGCGGCCGGUCCUUCGACCACGCCGGUCCCCGACAACAAGAACUGCCUUUCGCAACUCGUCGACGAAUCCCUCCUCCUCCUCCUCGACCUCCCGCGCCGCCCAGCGCCUCCUCGACCGCGUCCCCCUCCGCUUCCAGAAAUACACCACGGGCCUCCGCAAUGCGCCCCUGUCGCACGUCGUCGCUUUCCUCGUCCUUCACGAAAUCACGGCCGUCGUGCCCCUGCUUGGGCUCUUCGGGCUCUUCCACUAUACCGACUUUCUGCCUCUCGAGUACGUCUCGGGCCACUGGGCGGGCUACGUCCGCGACGGCGUCGGUAUGGCAGAGAGGUAUUUCAGCAGGAAGGGGUGGUUUGGGUUUGAGGCCGGGGACCGCGGGACCAUGACAAGGGAGAUGGACAAGAGCGGGGACUAUGAGACGGGAGACGCGCCAGAGAACCCUGGGCACAGUACGCAGGAUCUCCUGGAGCGGUGGCAGCAGGACGGAAAGUACAAGGUCGUGGUGGAGGUGGCCAUGGCAUGGGCGAUCACGAAGGCGCUGCUGCCGGCGCGGAUACUUGUUAGUGUUUGGGGGACGCCGUGGUUUGCGGGCGUAAUGGGGAGGGCCCGCGGGGCUUUCAGAUCGAAUCGAUAG